UCGGCCUCGGACACAAAGGGAAGGCGAGGAGGCGAGUCGGGGGCUGGGCCCGCCCCCGCGACCCCUACCCGCCGCGCGCGCCUGCUCGCUGCCCGAGCCUCGGUCUCCCCUACGUGGGCUCGCACCCUCGCGCGCACCCUCGCGCGCCCACGACCCUCGCACGCGCCCCGACCCUCCGACUGUGUACGGAGUGCGGCUGGCCGGGGCCUAGCGGACGCUGCGGGUGGGACGGGGAUGCUGAAGGACUGCACCCGGGCGCAGCGGCGCGGCUGCUGAGAGUCGCGGUGGCAGCGGCGGGGCUCUCGGCGCGCGGCUGGAUGCCCCGGGCCUGCAGCUCCCUGCGCUUCCCGCCGUCCAGGGGCGCCAGCCAUGGGCGCCGCGGCCACUGAGGCGCCUCUCCGGCUGCCUGCCGCGCCCCCACUCGCCUUCUGCUGCUACACUUCGGUGCUUUUGCUCUUCGCCUUCUCGCUGCCCGGGACCCGUGCGUCCAACCAGCCUGCGGGUGGCGGCAGCGGCAGCGGCGGGGAGUGUCCCGGCGGCAAAGGCAAGAGCAUCAACUGUUCAGAGUUAAGUGUGAGGGAGUCCGAUGCAAGAGUUUGCGACGAAUCGUCAUGUAAAUACGGAGGCGUCUGCAGGGAAGAUGGAGAUGGUUUGAAAUGUGUGUGUCAGUUCCAGUGCCAUACCAAUUACAUUCCCGUCUGUGCAUCCAAUGGAGACACGUAUCAAAACGAGUGCUUUCUCAGAAGGGCUGCUUGUAAGCACCAGAAAGAGAUAACGGUAGUAGCAAGAGGACCAUGCUACUCUGAUAAUGGCUCUGGCUCUGGAGAAGGCGAAGAGGAAGGGUCAGGGGCAGAAGUUCACAGAAAGCACUCCAAGUGUGGGCCUUGCAAAUAUAAAGCCGAGUGUGAUGAAGAUGCAGAAAAUGUUGGGUGUGUAUGUAAUAUAGAUUGCAGCGGAUAUAGUUUCAACCCCGUGUGUGCUUCCGAUGGGAGUUCCUAUAACAAUCCCUGUUUUGUUCGAGAAGCAUCUUGUAUAAAGCAAGAACAGAUCGAUAUAAGGCAUCUUGGUCAUUGCACAGACACAGAUGACACUAGUUUGUUGGGAAAGAAAGAUGAUGGGAUACAAUAUCGACCAGAUGUGAAAGAUGCUAGCGAUCAAAGAGAAGAUGUUUAUAUUGGAAACCACAUGCCUUGCCCUGAAAACCUCAGUGGUUACUGCAUCCACGGGAAGUGCGAAUUCAUCUAUGCUACUCAGAAGGCUUCUUGUAGAUGCGAGUCUGGCUACACUGGACAGCACUGUGAAAAGACAGAUUUUAGUAUUCUCUAUGUAGUGCCAAGCAGGCAAAAGCUCACUCACGUUCUCAUCGCAGCGAUUAUUGGAGCUGUGCAGAUCGCCAUUAUUGUGGCCAUUGUCAUGUGCAUAACAAGAAAAUGCCCUAAAAACAAUAGAGGACGACGACAGAAGCAGAACCUAGGUCAUUUCACUUCAGAUACGUCAUCUAGGAUGGUUUAAAGUGACUUUUAUAUGUACACUGACCAUGUGAUGUACAUUUAUUAUGUCUUUUUUUAAAGAAUGGAAAUAUUUAUUUCAGAGGCCUUAUUUUUGGACAUUUUUAGUGUAGUACAGUUGGCUCGUAUUUAGAAUAUUCAGCUACAGCAGUUUUGGACUGUUUAGAAGUCUUUGUUUUAUGUUUCUAAAUAUAAAAAUUGAUUUCAUAUAUUUGUACCACAUGGUGACUCUAAGACUUGUUCUCUGCCCAUGGAAUGUAAUAUUUUUGCAAAGGUGGACCAUUCACAAAUGGUUCUAAAGCCACACCCACUUCUUCCACAGUGACCACAGCAAAUGACCAAGCAUGAACUAAAGGUAAAGAUGUUUACAGAUUACUUUUCUUACAAAAAAAAAUUUUAGAAGACACUGUGUUUAAAUAGGCAUUUAAAUGUUUUGAGAUUUAGUAACUGAUUUUUUUAGACACUGCCAGUCGCAUGAACUGUAAAGCUGUGUGUGUUAGAUGUAAAAUAUUUAUGAGAUGUAUGGGCUGGAAUUUGAUUAUUCCUGUCUUGGAAAAAAUAAUUCUGAUAAUUCAAAAAAGUAUCUGGUAGCGAUGAUGGAACAGAUCACUGAAAAGUAGAUUUAGAUAUUGUGAAAAUAGUCUGUUUAACAAACAGAUUGGAAUAAAGCCUAUUCUAUCAGUUAAACUACUUUAAUACUCAUUAAUUUUUAAAGAAAAUAUUUGUUUUAACAAAUUGUCUCAGUGUUUGUGAAUAAAAUGCAAAAAUACUUGUUAAUGAUUGGUGCUCUUAAAGUGAGCUUAAAAAUUACCUAAGACCUCUCUAUCCAAAUUUGUCCUGUAGUAAUAGAUAUAUUAAUAGAUUGUUGGUGUUUCAAGACCUGAAGUGUGAGUAGAAUGUUGUAUUUAGCUGUUUAAACAUGUAAUUUAGAUAUU